CUCAUCGGUGGCAUCCUCGGUGGCAUGGCGAUGAGGCUCGGCAGACGCACAGUGCUCAUCGCAGCAGCCCUGCCCUACUCCCUGGUGUGGCUGGUGACAGCCCUGUCGACGAGCGUCGACAUGUUAGCAGCGACUUCCUUCUGUGGGGGCAUGCUGGUCUGCUCUAUGACUAUGAUAACGCAAGUCUACGUCACAGAAAUCGCCGUACCAGAGAUCCGAGGAUGCCUCAGCUCAGUCCUCAAGAUCCUCAGUCAGAUCGGCAUCCUUAUCGCCUUCUCCCUAGGAGCCUACCUCAACUGGUAUCAGCUGGCUUUGGUGGUAGCAGCUGCCCCAGUACUUCUCUUCUUUGCCCUGAUCUUCGUCCCUGAAACACCUUCGUCCUUACUCUUAAGGGGUAAGGAACAAGAAGCUGAAAAGUCCCUCCAAUGGCUCCGCGGCCCCGACGCUGAUAUCCGCCAGGAAUUGGCCACGAUCAGAACCAACAUCUUAGCCAGCAAGCAGUACAAUGACGGCAAUAGCUGCAGAGUCAAGAUCCUCCUCUCCAAAAGACUGACCAGACCUGUUCUCAUCACGUGUGGGCUCAUGUUCUUCCAAAGAUUCACGGGAGCUCACGUCUUCAACUUCUACGCUGUAUCGAUGUUCAAGAAGACUUUGAGGAUGAUGAAUCCACACGGAGGCGCCAUAGCCACCAGUGUCGUGCAACUCCUGGCUUCUUGCCUCUCUGGCAUGCUCAUAGACAACGUGGGGAGGCUGCCAUUGCUCAUGAUUAGCGGCGUUAUGAUGUCCAUAGCGUUGGCUGGGUUUGGAUCGUACGCGUACUACGAAGACGUCAUCAGAAACACCACGAAUAUAAACCACGCCGAAGCCGGGGCAUACGAUUGGAUCCCAUUGAUGUGUGUCCUGUCAUUCACCAUAGCGUUCUCUUUGGGAAUCAGCCCCAUAUCUUCUCUUUUGAUAGGAGAAUUGUUUCCUUUAGAAUAUAGGAGCAUAGGCAGUGCCUUAGCUACUAGUUUCAGUCAUCUGUGUGGUUUUGUGAACGUCAAAACUGCUGCCGACUUUCAAGAUCAUAUAGGACUGUAUGGACUCUUUUGGAUGUACGCAGGUAUAUCGGUACUGUGUCUACUUUUCGUAGUAUUAUUUGUGCCAGAGACAAAAGGCAGAGAGAUAGACGAAAUGGAUCCUAAGUACGUUGAGUCUUUGUGCAUAAACCGAUAGUAUUGGCUUGAGUAUUUUCUUUAGGGUAUAAUUUAGUUCGAUGCUCUGGCAUAGAUUUUUGUCCAGUAUUAUCCAUUCGACAGUGAUAGAGAGCGUGCCUUGAAGCACGUGAAUUCGUGCUAGCCUUCUUAACAUAUCUUCUUAAGAUAUAUUGUUUAUAUCUACCAGUUUUUCAACUGUACCAUUUGUUACAGUGAGCAUUUCUGACAAGUAUUUAGUUGACUUUGGAGUUUAUUCAAUGUUAUAUCGAAUUGACUGUUUGUCUUCCAUUUUUAGCGGUCUGCUCUAAUUCUUUGAAUGUUAAUGACAUUGGUUAAAUAAAAUAAAAUGUUUUAACUUUAUAGAUGAUUUACCAUGUUAUUGACAUUUAAAUAAAGGUGUUACAGAUGUCCAAAUUAGUAGUAAGACAUGAAAAUAUUAGAACUGACCACCGAUGUAUUAUAUUAUAUCUAUCUAAAUAUUUAGUUCCUUUAGUAUGUUUCAAAGACUCAACUUAUCAAAGUUCCUUCUAUUUACAAUUUUUAAUCGAUCUGAAAUGGGAAAAUGCAUUAAAGUAUAUAUUUUUAAUGAAUUAAUUUACUUUUUAUUAGUAAAAGAAAAUGACUUUUUCCUUGUAAACUUAUAAUGAAAUACCUGAACAUUAUAAUUUCUUAGUACAAAAAUUAUAGUCUUUCAUGGCAUGAUUUUGGACAUAUUAUAUUGAAAUUUUAUAUGAAUUUGGUAUUGUAAAUAUGUUAUUUAGGGCAAAACGUGACUUGUAACUUAUGAAUAAAUCGUUGUUCUUUUGUAGUAUGGUCAUAGUAUUGAGAUUAGGUAACUCUACUUUUUAAGAGUAACAUUGUUAAUGAAUUGUCAUAAUAUAAACGAGAAAAUAUAUAAAUAAAUACUACUUACAGAAAAAGAGAUUGAAUUAAAUUAGGUAAUUUACCUGCCGGUAUAUUUUUAUUACAAUCGAAAUUCGCCUUGUUAAAUACAAAGUUUUUAUUACAGCUUUUAAAAAGUAGAGUCACCUUAAAUACUAUGUAAAUAACCGUACCAAUAAUAAGAUAAGUACGGGUAUGAUGUUGUAUGCGAAAUUGGUAUUUUUCGCUUUAGAUAUAAAUAAAUAUGUAUUUAUACAAAAUUUGCCAAGACUUUUAUAUA